AUGACCACGCGCAUUGCUAGAGUUGGCUGCCAGACGGUAGAUGGGAACAUAGACAACACAGCAUCAGAUUAUUUAACUCUGAACGCUAGUCAUGGUCUACUUGCUGCCCAUAACUUAGUUACUCGUCAUAAUAAAACCUGUCUUGACCAUGUCUUUCUAAAAACAAAACUUAAAGCUAGAACUAUUGUUAUAGAUUCUACUGUUACGGACCAUAACGCUGUUUUACUAACACUAGAAAAGGUCAAAAUCGACAACGCACACAAAACUUUAAAUAAAACCGAUUAUGUUGAAUUGGAAAACCAUCUGAAAAAUAGUGAACUUUCCUAUAUAUACGAAUGUACUGACGCAAAUGUUGCGCUUAAAUAUUUUAUUGAUAUAGUUGCCAGAGCUAUACAACUGAGUACUUCAGCCUAUAGUGUGCCGCAUCGUUUGAAAAUCACCAAACCGUGGAUUACACCAGGCGUUUUAAGGUGUAUGCGCAACAGGGAUAGGAUGUAUUUGAAAAUGAAAAAAUCGCCAAACAACGAUGCCAUUAAGAUAACCUACAAAAGAUACCGGAAUUAUUGCAGCAAUAUCUUAAAAAGCCUGAAAAGACAGUAUGAGAGGAAGGAAUUAAAUAAAGCUUCAACUAAUCCCAAGAAGAUGUGGCAGGUAAUUAGAGACGUAACUAAUACCAAUAAAACAAAAGUUACUGCUAGUCCAUUGUUAAAAAUUAACGGCAGUAUUGACGACUCCCUUGCGGAAAUUAAUAAGUUUUUUACUACGAUUGGGCAAAAUAUAGCUAAUAAAGUCUCCCAAACAUAUGCUAAUAUUCCCAGCACAUCGGACAUUACAGUUUCAGAUGUUGCAUCGGACUCUCUUGUUUUUCUGCAAACUGAUGAACUGGAAGUAGAGCAGAUGAUACUAGACUUACGUACUGAUUGUGCAACUGGUAUUGAUGGUAUAUCUGCUAAACUCAUAAAACAGUUUAAGAGUAUUUUUGUUCCACCUUUGACAUAUAUUUUUAACUUAUGCAUAAAUGCAGGUGUUUUUCCGGACCUUUUUAAGAGGGCCCUUAUUCACCCUAUAUAUAAGACGGGGGAUGUAGAUCGUGUCAAUAAUUAUAGACCAAUAUCGGUCUUGCCCUCCUUGUCCAAGAUCUUGGAAAAAAUCAUUAACACCCGCCUUAAGAAAUAUCUUGAAGAAAAGGAUAUUAUCUCCAUCAAUCAAUACGGCUUCAGAAGUAAUAGAUCCACAAAUGAUGCAGUGCACGAACUCACUGAAAAUAUUGUUCAGGCAUUGGAUAGACGCAAGAAAAGUCUUGCAAUUUUCUUGGAUCUGGCUAAGGCCUUCGACACGGUCUCCAUUCCCAAACUAAUUCUCAAAUUAGAGCGUAUCGGUGUUAGGGACCAACAAUUGAAUCUUUUUAUAAGCUAUCUGACAAACCGAACACAAUGUGUAAAGAUUGGUAGGUACGUUAGCAGAGAACUUCCCAUAGAAUAUGGUGUACCACAGGGAAGCAUCCUUGGUCCCACACUCUUCUUAGUUUAUAUUAAUGAAAUGUGCAAAUUAAAACUAACAAAUGGCAAACUCUUGGCAUUUGCUGAUGAUACCACGCUUAUUUUUACGAGCCAAACGUGGGAAGAAGUUUACGAUGCGGCGCAAACCGGUUUCAAUAGAAUAACUAAGUGGUUAGCAGAAAACACACUGGCAAUUAAUGUCGACAAGACUAAAAUCAUAAGAUUCCAAAUUAAAAAAAACAGUAUACCAAAUAGAUUUUCUAUUACGGCACAUAACCACACUACAUGCUGUUAUCUGACAUGCAAUUGCCCUCAGUUACAAGAUGUUGCUACCAUUAGAACCAAAAAUCCUGAAAACAGUUUAUUAUGCCUUGUGCCAGUCCUUGUUGGGGUAUUGUAUCUUAUCAUGGGGUGGUGCUCUAAAGACUAA